AUUAAAUUAACCUCACUUUAUACAAAUGUGCUCAUGUGAAUCUGGAAUAAAUAAAUUAAUAAAAUAUGCCUGUAUAUCACGAUGAAAUAGAAAUUGAAGAUUUCGAAUUCGACGAAGAAGACAAUACUUACUAUUACCCAUGUCCUUGUGGAGAUAGUUUUCAAGUUACUAAGGAAGAAUUACAAUCAGGUGUGGAAAUCGCCACUUGCCCCAGCUGUUCCUUGGUUAUCAAAAUAAUCUACGACAUUGACAACUUCAAAAAGAAUUAGAAGAAGAAAUUGAAC